AGGGGUGGGGCAGAUAGAUAAGUGGCCCCGAUGGCCGCAGCCCGGCCAGACAAUGGCAGCAAGCAGGACGGCACGACGAUCCAGCCGAUGCAACGUCCAAAGCCACCCCAGCAACCCUUGCCAGCGCUGCCAGCGAAUCACUAUCCGACGUUCUUCCUAAACGCCCGGAAGCAGGUAACCCGAUCCCCUGUGCCGCACGUGAUACGGCGGCUAGCACCGACACAACCACGCCGUCCGCUUCCGUCGGUAGUCCCAACGGUAGUUACCGGUAACAGCAAUGGUGGCGCACUGCUCAUCAGUGCGGACAGUCUUCGGCGGACAGUGUACGCGACGCUACCGUCCGUUUCGUUACACGGCACCAGUACGGUCGGUUGCAACGGGCUGACCAACACGAUCGUUAGCUUUGCGGGCAAACAGGCGAUCACGGUCCCGGUACAGUCCACAUACGAUCUUGUGUCGGUAGUGCGGCCCACAGUUCCUACACCACCCGCCACCAUUUACAAGCUGGUGCACGCUGGCAGUGGACCAACCGGACGGAAACGGAUGCCACUGCUCGCACCGAAACCAGCGCCCAAGGAUGGUGCGCAAAAGAGUGACCAACCCUCGACGGUGGACACACCGAACGGUGUUAAUGGACGUGUCUCUUCCGUACAGUACAAUAAUGCACCCGGUUGGCGACGGAUUUUACGCAACAAAGUGAUCAUUUACAUUAGCCCUUCCAACAUGGUUCUUCACAAUUACGAGCAGGUAAAAGAAUAUUUGUUGUCUUCCGGUACGUGCAAGUGUGGUCUGCCGUGCCCGUUCAAUCCGGAACAAUUCUUUCAAUUUGAUGCUCAGAUCCCUAACAUGACGAUCGCGCCAACAAACCGCGAAGUAUUAUGCCCACACUUGCAACGGGCAACAAACGGACCGGAGCGUACGAAGCGGUUACACGAAGAGUCGACGCCACCGGCGGCGGAUCACACCCACCAACGAACGGCACAAAGUGGAAUCCUUCGCAAAACACCUCCAUGGCGAAAGAAUGUUCCUAUGGCAAGCGCUUCGUCACCCCACGGGACAAUACCCGACGCAGAAGUUGGUCCAAAUGUGUCGCCUAUCGCACGCUUUAGUAAACCAACCGAUGUGACAAACACCCCACCCUUUACGCCCACCUCCCCGUCCGAUAUGAGCGUGAGCGAAGGCUCACCGACCGAUAGCCCGGAACGGAAGAAACCAACCUUCAAGGAUGAUCCAACCGGCUACCUAAACCAACAGACCGCCAUCUUGCACAAUUCGAUUUCAUUUUUGCACUCACCCGACCGCCGCUCUCCGUUACCGUCGCUCGGUGGGCUUAGUCCGAAGCCGGGCAGUAUCAGUCCGGCUGCAAAACCAUUAGCGUCACCUUCAAAAGAUGGCGGGCAAGGGGCGAUACGGCGCCACCGUACGACGCUGGCUCGUACCGUGGAACCGCAGGCGAAAAUAACAUCCCUAACGGGUGUGGUAAAGUACGAACCGAACGCACCGACCGUUACUACGAAAUCUCCGGCCACCAGCAGUAUUAAAGCGAUCAAAUCACCGCUAGCGCGACUAGCGACCGGCGCCGAACGGAACCGGAUGGCGUACUACGUAAAGGCUAAUGCGGCACCGGGUGCGGAACAGUGCCCAUCGGCCAAGGUGGCCAAGCUGCACAUUGCACCAGCGGAAUCCGUGAUACCGUGUCGAAUAACGGCCACCACUACCACCACUACUACCACAACCGCGGCACCGAUGUUUGUGCCGACACCACCACCACGCUCAUCGCACGUGAUCAAUGCCGGUGGUGCACAAAUUGUCGUAAUCGAUGGUUUGCAGCAUUCGGCAGUUGGUGGCGGUACAGAUGGUACGGUGCCGGGAAGGAUGCGUAUCGGUGCAUUCCCAUCGGUAACGGCACGCCAUCCCCAAAUAUCCGGCCUGAUGCCACCGACCGUAUCGAAACCGACCGUUGUCAAUUACAGCUUGUCGCGUGCCGUCAAUGGAACGCCGACGACAGUACCUGUUCCGGUUCCGGUAAGCGCACUGUCCAGCACACCAAUGCCGACAACUACCUCGGGCGCCAUGAUACUGAACGGUGCGAAUAUUAUCCACCUAAGCAAUGGGUUGUCACCUUCCAGCUUUCACGGUGGAAUACUUACCAACGAACCGUCCAGUCCUGCCGGUACGAACCACUGUCUGCAUCAUCCGGUCAGUCCGAACAAAGCGUCCAUCACGAUCCCGAACGGAACGCUCGGUUUAGCACCAGGCUCGACGGUGGUACUGAAUCCUACCACCAGCAUACGAUUUGCGGAUAAUCAUAGCUUUACCACCCCUGGCGGUUUUUCGACCGCAACGGUCACAUCCAACACAUACCACUACAGCCCAGCACAAUGUGCCACCGUGCAAGGGGCGGACACACCGGUCGCGCUAGACAUUGCCGGCGGUCGGAAGGUGAAAAGGCAGCUGAAGAAUGUUAACGGCACACCGCUCGGUACGACGGGUGGGCUCGUAUUACCGGCCACACUGGGGCAACCGCAAUCGGCCACAUUCCAGCAGCAACUGCAACCGACCCCAUUUGUACAGAUUGCCUCACCGUACGGUGGCUUGCAAAACAUUCAGCUCGCAUCGAGCCUGUCCGGGCUUACCGUCGUACCCGUAUCGAAAUCGACUCCUACACUCCACCAGCAGCAACCUUCUUACGGACUUCUCGGUCAGCCACAAACCAUACUACUGCCGGCAGGCAGCAUGGUAAUGGCAUCGGAUGCAAGCUCCGCCACCGCCACGCUACUCCAAAUACAGAACAUGGCACCGUGCGGUGGGAACGCAUCACUACUGGCCGGUCAAACUGGGCUCGUACUGCGCCAUCCAAAACCACCGUCCACCACCGGUUUUCUCUCGACCCUCGGGCAGCAGUCGUACCUGAUCGGUGCUGGUGGAAACGGUCCAACCACCCGCCCGCCUACCAACGUCAAUCAACGUCCGCUUGUGGGUACGCUAACCACCAGCACCACCAACAACACCCCCGGCACACCCCAGACACUCUUCGGUAAUGGUGCUAAUGGUGGUGGUCUCGGUAUCGUAACAGCCACCCAACCACUACCGGUCGCUAAUCUUGCACUACAGCAACCUUUACAUCCAGACGUGACCGCGUCCUACAGUCAACCGGCAAGUUCAGGGGAAGGUGCGAACGAAACGAAGAUAGCAUCCAGCAACGAUACUACGGGUACAUCCGAGCUUAAACCGAACACUGUCUAUCAGCAGGGGAAAACGAAUUGUGUUUCCACCAUGGGCGAAACCGAACCCGUGCCUGGGAUAGCGAUAACGCUGAAGGAUUCGGUACAUGCGACCGCCGCUGUUGAGCAGCAGAAAAAGUCCUGGCAAGGCGCAGCGAAGCAGCACGGUGGUGGAGUUCCACUCGCCGAAACACCAAAUCGCGCCGGCAGGAAUGCGCCACCACCAGCGUCCGCCACUGGUCGUACGGGUAGCAUCGGUUUGAUGCGCCGUAGCACCACGGUACAGGCUUCAAACAAACAGCAGUUGGAUCAGCGUGUCAAGCUAAGUAUUGCCGUACCGUCAGCCACGACCGACGGAUCCACGUGCCUACUGACGGAUGUGCUCCCAGAGCAAAACUAUGAUGUUACCACGUCGUUGAAUGAACACUCCACCACUUCCAAAAGGUCGGUUGAACCGUGCAAGGGACCGAGACAGUUUCGUGUGGGAGAUCUUGUUUGGGGUGCGGUACGUGGAUUUCCAGCCUGGCCGGGUAAGGUCGUUCUGUCGCCACGGUUAACGGUGGACUCGACCGUACCAUCCCCUACUGUGGACAGCUACGAUAAUGUGCUGAAAGCAUCACCACCAACCGUUGAUACGAUUAAACCGGCCAGCGUAUCAUCAACGGGCGCAAACGCACCGCAACAGGACCACGUAUGGGUACGGUGGUUCGGUGCCGGGCGUGCCAGCGCGGAACGGGUCGAGGUUGAAACGUUGCAGAGCCUUUCCGAGGGUCUGGAGAUACAUCACCGAGCGCAGAAGGAUGCUAGAAAGAGCCGUAAAUUAAAUGCACAGCUCGAACAAGCUAUACAGCAAGCGAUGCAGGAGCUCGAUCAUGCGGCAACGUCUUCCGGUUUUGGUCGGUGUGCCAGUGAGCGCGGCAAACAGCGGCAACAUCGACGGCACCAACGACGUCAACCACCGCCGCCGGGCAAACGUCAUCGGACGGUCGGUGGUGCCACGGGCAGCACAAACAGCGUCAAUGCUAACAUGUGCAAUAGAAAAGGUGGUAGCAUACGGUAUCUGCGCGCUAACAAAUUUAAAGCCAAAUCGUAAACCAUCGAAGCAAAGCUCCAU